UGAAAUGAUUAGUGCUUCGCGAUGAUUAGAAGUGUAGCCAAUUGUAGUGUUUACCUAACUUUCAGUAAUUUUAUUUACUUUGCACGUUCAUGCUCAAACGCCUUAUUCUGUACUUAGUACGCACGGCUGCUUUCGCGUGUUAGAUUCUUUGUAUAGGGUCGCUACUUGGCGCGUCUUCGAAGGCUUCGGGAAUUAUAUUUUAUACACGUAAACUGUAAGGAAGUCCGGACAAGACUAUUUUAUGUAAAACCUCGCGCAUAGACGACAGCGGACAGUGUACCGUGGAUCAAAGUGAAAGUGAAAAAAUUCGGUCAAAAAUGUUGAAGUUUUGUACACCUCAGGGAAAACGUCGAGAUUAUAUGGUCAAUCCGGGAAGUAAAGCCGCAAUUAAAGGAAUACGAGAAGGUGACAUUAUUACCUCAAUCAACAAUCAACCGACAAAGGAUUUCACGAAUUCGGACGCGCACCUUUUGUUAAAGAGUUCGGGAGAAAAAAUUAAAUUGGGUCUUAACGAGGAUUGCAAGGGGUCUCCAAAGAGAAGACAAUAUAAAACCGUGCAGCAAGAAAACCAUUCGGAGUCAAUUGAACAGUCCAAUACACAAACGAGCAGCACGAAAACUGUAACGGUAACGAUUAAACGAAGUCAAAUCGAACCAGUCGAAUACGAAUCCGAAAUAUUCUCUGGAACGGUGAAAGUGAAUGGACAAGAACAUAGUGGUAAGAGAUUCUUUUACUAUACACCGUGUCCAAGAUAAGGAUAUGAUAUUUAAAAAGAG